GGAUCCUCCAAUCAAAUUAGCCUCCCCACCCAUCUCCAGUCUCACAUUAGGAAGGUGUCGUCUAAUUCUCCUCCGCGUCAAUCUUUGAAAGUUUGGGUGAUGGCAACGUAAACUGCGAAGAUAAGGGAUGAUGCCGGAUCAACCUUGGCUGCCGUGAGUUGUCACAAGUUGCCAGGCGGAUACAAAAAUGCCGCCACAAUCCUGAUUGCCUCGUUUUCCUCUCGGGUGUUUGUGUCCUUCCACCAUUGAUCCUUCACCUCAGGUAUCAGACCUACCAACCGGCCAGCCCAAGAUGAAGUCUUGGCCGCUCCUCGCCGCGGCCGCCGCCAUCGCGCGCGCCCAGUUCUGCGAGCAUCAGUGGCAGGGCCAAUUCGCCAAGCGCGAGGACCAGCCACCCCAUCUGGAAAUCCAAAAACGACAGACCACCACGCCGCCGCCUCCACUGGAGAUCAAGCCGCUCAUCGUCAGCGGGCCGUCUGAGAACCGCGUCGACCUCAUCUUCUUUGGCGAUGGGUACACCGAGGCGGAAAAGGACAAGUUCUUUGACGACGCCAUGGCGUUGGCCACGGAGCUGACGGACGGGAGGACUUUUGCGGACGUGCUGCCGGUCAUGAAUUGGUGGGCGGGCUUUACGGCUAGUAACGAGAGUGGGAUCGGUGUUGGUGGCGUACCUAAAGACACCGUGUACGGCCUUUACCGUGAUGGAACCGAGCUCCGUGGCGUAUACUAUGACAAGCCGGACGUCGCCCGGGCCGCAUGCUCGUCGACGACCGCGUGCGACUACCCAUUGCUGCUCGGCAACGACGAUCUCUACGGCGGACUGGGCGGCGAGUUCACCGUGACGACGGCAUCGUGCGUCAACGGGGCCGUGAUCCUCCGACACGAGCUCGGGCACAGCAUCAUCGGAGUGGGCGAGGAAUACGACGGAGGCGAGGUGUACCGCGGGGUGAACUCGGCGCCCAACGGCGACAGCGUCCCCUGGAAGUCGUGGUACAGCAGCCCCGAGAGGGAGCCCGACGUGCAGCGCAGCAACAUGCCCAUCCAGGCCUACCCCUGGACGCUGUUGAACACCACGUCGGCGUGGAGCACGAGCUUCCCCAGCGCGGGGACGUACGACAGCUACUCGCUGCAGUUUAGCAUCAGCGGCGUGUCUGCGACUGAGGAUCUGAUGGUCACGCUAGACGGGGAGGACGUCGGCUGGAAGUACAAGGAGGGUGUAGGCCUGGACAGGAUCAUUUACAGGCUGCCGUUCCGGGAUGCGAAGCUGAGCGGUGGGAUGCACAAUUUGACUUUUGAGCUGCUCAACAAGGAGCUCGAGGGCACGGCGCAGCUGUGCAACUUUGAGGUGCUGGAGUAUGGCACCGCCGACGAGCAGUUCAACUUCACAAUCGGCCACAACUCCCUCUACCCAACCUACGACAUCCGCAACCAGACAACCUACCGCCCGACCAACGACCUCUGCCUGAUGCGCGACGUCUACACGUCCGAGUUCUGCGACGCCUGCAUCGAGGGCCUCUGGCGCGCCCUCCUGACGCCCCUCAAGCUCAUCGACAACGUCACCCAGACGCCCGCCGACCCGUCCACCCCCGGCGCGACCAAGGUCGAGCUGGCGCUGCUGCCGCUGGCGGACCUGCGAAAGAUACCCAACAAUGCGACCGAGAGCUACGUCAUCACGUGGUUUGGCCAGGACGACGCGGCCGUCCUGGACGAGUGGGCGAACAAGACCACGGCGGUGCUGGGGCCCGAGGUCGGCAGCUUUGGCGUCGAGGUGAGGUUCGUGAGCAGCCAGAUCCGAGGUGAUCCCCAGGGAGUCACGCGGCAGAAGGAGAGGUACAGCGUGCAAAAGUGAAAGGCUGUGUUUGGGGCGGGG